AAAUAAAAGUUCAUGGAGCAAUCCCCUAUCGCACCCACAAGCGGAAAAAAAUGGGCUACGAGGGAGGCGGGGCACCGAGGAACCGGACCCUGCCCCUCUACACACGGAGACAUGCUCUCUCCUGUCCAGUAGGUGGCGGUAAUGCACCUGCUUAUGCUGCUUACCAACCGUAAAAAGAAAAGAAAAGAAAAGAAGUAGAGUUUUAUUUUUUUCCUCCUUGUGCGUUAUCCGGAGUAAAACGCUGAAAAUAGCUGAAAUUUAGGUUCUCAUUAUACGCAUUGCAAAACGACAAAACUGGCCCCUCCACUGCCUGUCACCAUGCCUGCCCUACUGGAGAGACCCAAGCUGUCCAAUGCGAUGGCCAGAGCCCUCCAUAAGCAUAUAAUGAGGGAGAGGGAGCGCAAGAGACAAGAGGAAGAGGAGGUGGACAAAAUGAUGGAGCAGAAGCUGAAGGAAGAGGAGGAGCGGAAGAGGACAAAAGAAAUCGAGGAGAGGAUGUCCUUAGAGGAAACCAAAGAACAGGUCAUGAAGAUGGAGGAGAAACUUCAGGGACUCCAAGAAGAGAAACAUCAGCUUUUUCUGCAGCUUAAGAAAGUCCUCCACGAGGAGGAAAAGAGACGCAGGAAGGAGCAGAGCGAUAUCACAACCUUGACAUCAGCCAGCUACCAGCCCAGUCUGUCCAUGCACACAGGACAACAUCUCCUCAGCAUCCCAGGAAGUCCGGUGAGUCACAGUCGACCCGGCGCCCUGCUGGGAGAACGGAGCAAGCAGCUGUUCCCAGCCUCCGUCAUCCCGACCCGUCAUUAUCAGACGCCCGGGUUCAGCUCCAGCUCAGCAGAACACGGCCAGUUCAGCGGCAGCCAGGGAGUCCACGAGCCCUACGGCGUGGCCGCGUCCCAGCACCCCUCCACCUACGCCCCUGGACCCUCUGUACCCGUUAGCUUCGCCAGCAGCUCUCAGAUCAGAGGAGCGUCUGCUUUCCAAGCCAUGCAGUACCUCCCUCACCAGCAGACAGGCUAUCCUGUUCACAGCCACUUCCCCUCCCAGCCUGGAUUCAUCUCUGGAGCUUCGAUACCCCUGCAGAAGCAGCUGGAACACGCCAACCAGCAGUCGGGCUUCACGGAUGCAGGAGCUUUGAGGCCCAUGCAUCCCUCUGCCAUGCAUCCUUCUGCUUCAGGUCUGCUGCCCACACCCAUGGUCCAGAUCCCCACAGCCAAGGCUUCGUUUCAGAGCUCCCCACAGGGGGCCCCCCGUCAUAGCUUCCUCGCCCACAGCCAGAGUGGGCAGAGGUUCUACCACCACAGCAAGUAAAGCCCGGUCGCCUUCAUCUUUCUUCUUCUGCUGCAGCUUCACCACUAUGAGGAGGAACCUGUGGUGGAUCACUCUGGAUUUAAAAUAAAAACAUAGAUUGAUUUGUGCCAUAAUGACUAUAAUUUUCACAGUGUAGUUAUUUUGACUUUUAAUAAGCUAACAAGAAAAGCUAGGAUUCACGU